AUGGUUUUUGUUCCGGUGUCCACGACCCUGGGUAUCGACAUCGAGUGGAAGAAGCCGAAGAAAUUCAAGAGCGCCGCCGAGGAGAAAUCUUGGAUGCACCAGUCGCGCAAGGAGGCCAGGGAGAUCAGGCUGGAUCUGGAGAGUGGGCGCUUGAAGCCGAAAGACAUGCCCGGCAGAAUACUCGUGGAGCCGAAUCCAAAUCUGGUUCCAUCGGUCGAGGCCAAGAGGUUCCAGAAGGAAUUGUUCAAUCGCAAAGGUGCCCUCACUACAGAGCGAAAUUUCGUCAAUCUCUUCACAAAGCUGGCUAACAGUUUACAAUCCUGGGAUCCCGACAAGGCCCUUAGGGUCCUGAUCCAGAUGAAGAAAAUGAAACUGACCAAACUAAUGCUACUCCGCAAUCCGGACUGCGUUACCAAGACUCGCGAUCUUCGAGAGUUUGGUGGAGAAGAGGAGGAGUUUCAGGAGCACGACAUGGUCAUCCGCCAGAAAUCAACCGAGCUUUACGCAAAAUUCAAGAAAAUGUUUAGUUUAGGUCCGGACCCCGAGGACUCGUUUUGGGAGCACUUUUGCGAGCAGGUUGAUGUCUUCAAUGCCCUUACGAAAGAUAUGAAGACGAUAUUUCGCACCACAUUGAGUGACCAGGGGUACAAGAGACUGCUAGACGCCGAGAAGGCCUCCGUUUCCUCCAUAUCGGUUAGUGCUCAGAAUGGCGAAUAA